AUGCAAGUGUCGGUUCUGCUCACGCUGUCAGAUCGUGAGGAAAGUACUGCCGAGAACCGGCAGUUUUCAGAGCAAGGAUCGGCACCGAUCAUCAGGGCACUGAUGAUCAGUGCCCUGAUGAUCGGUGCCCAGCAGUGCCACCCACAAGUUCCGCCCACCUGUGCCCAGCAAUCACCCACCUGUGCCCAGCAGUGCACCCACCUGUGCCCAGCAGUGCACCCACCUGUGCCACUCUGCAGUGUCACACACCUGUGCCCAGAAGUGCCACCUACCUGUGCCCAGCAGUGCCACCCACCUGUGCCCACCCACCUGUGCCCACCAGUG